CUGAGAAUGCAACUCGCUGUGUUCUCAGCUGGCUUGUGAACCGAUCGAGUUCUAGACACCACCCUAUAUUUGGAAUUUUCGUACAGAUCGCAAGCGGUGCUUUUGCAGUUUCAUUAAUCAUUGCAGCGCUGUAGAAGACUAAUGCUGUUUUACAAAUCAGAUAAGCCAAAGCGUAACAGUGGUCAAUGAGCGAGGCAAAGCUCUCCUCCUUCCUGGAAAAAUACUAUUGUAAUUGUGGAAAAAAGAAAUGGGAGCCUUUUUUCAACUACCUCGUGAUAUUUAGCAGCUGGAAACAAAUUAGAUACAGACCGGAUCAUAAUAGGAGUGAAAUACACAAAUUUAGUGCCACAGUUAUUGAACGAUGAAUUGACAUUGCAGAAGACUAUCGAGUUGUGCCGUAAUUUCGAGCUGACGGCAAUGCAAAGCAAGGCGUUAUCAGGUGAAACAAGAGUAGACACGGUGAAAACGGUAAAAAAGAAAUUUAGUGGUGGCCGAUCGGAAAUAAAACGAGAAGUUUUUCAGUGCCAAAAAUGCGGAAGGAAACACGCUACACAAUCGUGUCCUGCAUUCGGUAAAGAAUGUCGCAAAUGCGGGCUGCUAAAUCAUUUUGCUGCGAUGUGCAAGUCGAAAAAUGUAGUGCAAACGGUUACAGCAUCCGCGGAAAAUGAUGCAGAAGUUAAAGAAGAAGAGCUGUUCGUUGGUUCAGUGGAGAGCUCGAAGAACGACGCUGAUUGGUUUGAAAUGGUGAAAGUGAACAACAAGAUGUUUUCAGUGAAACUCGAUUCAGGCGCGCAUUGUAACGUAGUACCGUUGUGGCUAGUGAAACAACUGACGGUUAGUUUACGGCCUUCUAAAACGAAGUGCUUGGAGAGAUUUAACCGCUGUGCAGCAUAAAGAACAAGACAAGCAACAUCACGUUUAAGGUGGUGGAAGAAUCGGUAGUGCCAGUGCUCGGAAAAGAUACUUGUAUUGCCCAACGGCUGAUAGCGCGAGUAGACACGGGGAAAAUUUCGGACAAUAUGGUGUAUGAUGGACUCGGUUGCCUAAAAAAUUACGUGUACAAUAUAGACUUGAUCGCGAACCCUCAGUGGGAAACCAGACCAGCACGGCAUGUUCCACACAGCGUCAGAGCAGUAGUGAAGAAGGAGUUGGAUUCUAUGGAGCGGCUUGGAGUUAUAGAAAGAAUACACGCACCAACGCCAGUGGUGAACGCUAUGGUUUUGGUUAAAAGAAAUGACAAGUUGCGCAUCUGUAUUGACCCGUCGCAGCGUCAGCACUGCCUCCGUCCUCUCCUGCUGAGGUUGGGCUCUCCCCUGAACGGGGGCAGCAACGGCAAUGAUGAGGACAUUAGGCCUUACAUCGUUAGGCUUCCUAUUGCUCAUUCAGGCCACUGCCAUAUUGGCCCAGAAUACCGCCCUGAUUUCUAGCGAUGAUACCGCAUUGGUCCCAGUGGGUAGAAAAUACCCUCGUCAGGCCAAUGGGGGCCUUGGUCCCAAGGAUGACCACACUCACAUCGAGACCAUCGACGUAACAUGUGAUCAACGAAAUGGAAUGUUGGUAACAAUCGAGUUCGAAACCGAUUUCCAAGGAGUUAUCUACAGCCAGGGUUACUACAACGAUCCGAAGUGUCGAUACGUUACUGCCGGUAGAGGGGGCCGUUCGUUUUCUUUCACCGUUCCCUUCAAUGGCUGUGGAAGUAAGCCCUCCUGUUCUGUUUGCUCAUCGGUGGAUAACAUUCUUGUUAUACAGAGCGACGAGGAUGUCCAGGAGGCAUGGGAUACUGCAAGACGGAUCUCCUGCAGUCAAAAUGAGCAACAACAGAAUACCAUCUUUUUUAAACCAUUUGUGGUCGAUAUGCUAGAGGUAGUGAAUGUGCCAACGAUCACUGGUGGAGUAGAGUGUUGGAUGGACAUUCAGAGGGGUUCGUAUCCGAAUGUAUCACCAAUUCCGAGUGUAAUUAAAAUUGGAGAGGCUCUCAGUAUUCUUGUGUAUCUAAAGGAUACCAAAAGUGAAUAUGAUAUCGCUGUAAAAGAUUGCUAUGCUUACGACAAUCCGAAUUAUGAUGAUUCUGGAACGAGACGGUUGCAACUUUCGGAUAAGAAUGGUUGCUCUCGGAAAAAGAAAUUGUUUGGUUUGUGGGAAAAGACCACACAGACCGGCAAUUCAGGAGCCACACUUAUAGUGCACAACAACAUCAAAGCUUUUAAAUUCCCUGACAAAAUGCAAGUUUUUCUUAAAUGUGAUAUUGAAAUUUGUCGAGGAGGCUGUGGUCCUCAGGUUUGUGAGAUCGAGAAUCUCAUCAAGGAAAUUGAUAAACCUGCCACAACAAGUAGGCCAACAGCAUCGUAUACUAGGACACCCCCUAGCCGAGGAACUCGUCCGUCAACUACUCAGAUAGCUUUCACAACACCAACUACACCAAAGAGAACUCGUCCUACACGACCUGUAACAUCACCCCCAAUAUAUCAAUCAACCACGACGACUCCUCCACGUAGAACUCGGCCGCCAAUUCCGACAAGCACCGAAUUUGUGUGUACUCCUGGCUCUACUGAUGAUCGUUGUAAUGUAAUUAUUGUACCCGAUGAGCCAAACUGUUAUCGCGGAUCUCGAGAUCCUCGUUGUCGUCAGCGUCCAACAGUUGGUCCAGUCACAACACCACGUUGCUUCCCAGGCUCAACAGAUCCGCUUUGUUUCGUGGAAACAUUUAAUACAACUCCAACGCUGCCACGUUGUUUCCCAGGAUCUACCGAUCUUCGUUGUCCAGCAUCGACAGCGGCUCCUCUAAAAUGCUUUCCGGGAACGAAUGAUCCGAGGUGUCCUACAACAUUCCGUCCAAAUGGUCGUGUAACUCGGCCAACUGGUAGAGGCACACCCCCGACUGGCAGAGGAACUAGACCGACUCGGCCGAUCACUGAUUCACCCCCUAUUCCAGCGCAAUGUUUCCCUGGUUCAAAUGACCCAAAAUGUCGAACACCCGUUCUUCGUUGUCCUCCAGAUUCCACAGACCCAAGAUGUCCGGGUGUCUCACGGCCGGUUACAACUCAAUUCACUGUUAAAUGUUAUCCAGGCUCAACAGAUACGCGUUGCGUUCAAACUACUUCAAUACCUGCAUGUUACCCAGGGUCACCAGAUCCAGGUUGUUAUGAGAAGAAAGAUGCUCCAACAUACCUUCCUCCAACUCAGUCACCGGUCACAACACCUCGGCCAACUAGACCACCAACAACAGCGCCAGUAAGAUGUUAUCCUGGAUCAACCGAUGCUCGAUGCCCAACAGUACAAACUACUACACAAUCUCCACGAUGCUUCCCUGGUUCUAGCGAUCCUCGAUGUCCGACAACUCCUAGACCUACACCGUCCACGACUCCAGCAUUGCGUUGCUAUCCUGGUUCUAUUGACCCAAGGUGCCCUCAAACUACCCCAAAACCAAUUCCUCCUCAGCCGGAAUGUUACCCAGGAAGUACUGACCCGAGAUGUCCUCAAACAACCACUCAGAGACCAGCACCUACGACAAUAUCCGUUGUAAAAUGUUACCCAGGGUCCACUGAUCCCCGAUGUCCACCUCCAGUAUCAACAACAUCAUCUCCCCGUUGUUUCCCUGGGUCGAGCGACCCUCGUUGUCCAGCAACACCAAAAACUACGGCCCAAACCACGAAUGCUCCAACAUAUUUACCGCCCCAGACAACAACUCCGCGCCCGCCUGCACCAAGCACACUACGUUGUUAUCCAGGAUCAACUGAUCCUCGAUGUCCCCAAACAACAACAAGGGCUACAACCAUUUCAUCUCCACAAUGUUAUCCAGGAAACACUGACCCCAGAUGCCCUCAACCAACAACUGCCAGCCCGAUAUCUACGACUCGAGCAUGCUAUCCAGGAUCAAGUGAUCCACGAUGUCCAAAGCCACCACAAACCACAGAUGCUCUACGCUGCUAUCCUGGUUCUACGGAUCGGCGCUGCCCGCAGACGACAACUGCGAGACCUGUACCUUCAACCACACAGGCUCCUCGCUGCUAUCCUGGCUCGACUGACCCUCUUUGUCCUACUACACCAAGAGCACCAUCGACAACUGCAGUUUGUUACCCGGGUUCAAACGAUCCGAGAUGUCCUACAACUGUGCGACCGGCUCCGUCUACAACUCCAGCAUUACGUUGCUAUCCAGGUUCUAUUGACCCAAGAUGCCCCCAAACCACACCGAAACCAAUUCCUUCUCAGCCGAAAUGCUACCCAGGAAGUACUGACCCGAGAUGUCCUCGAACGACCACCCAAAGACCAGCACCUACGACAAUAUCCGUUGUAAAAUGUUAUCCAGGGUCUACUGAUCCCCGAUGCCCACCACCAGUAUCAACAACAUCAUCUCCACGUUGUUUCCCUGGGUCGAGCGAUCCUCGUUGUUCAGCAACACCAAAAACUACGCCCCGAACGACAAAUGCUCCAACAUAUUUACCACCCCAGACAACAACACCGCGUCUGCCUGCACCCAGUACACUACGUUGUUAUCCAGGAUCAACUGAUCCUCGAUGCCCCCAAACAACAACAAGGGCUACAACUAUUCCAUCACCACAAUGUUAUCCAGGAAAUACUGACCCCAGAUGUCCUCAACCAACAACUGUCAGACCGAUAUCCACGACUCCAGCAUGCUAUCCAGGAUCGAUUGAUCCACGAUGCCCGAAGCCACCACAAACCACAGAUGCUCCACGCUGCUAUCCUGGUUCUACGGAUCGGCGCUGCCCACAGGCGACAACUGCAAGACCUGUAUCUACAACCACACAGGCCCCUCGCUGCUAUCCUGGCUCGACUGACCCUCGUUGUCCUACCACACCACGACCUUCAACGACUGCGGUUUGUUACCCGGGUUCAAGCGAUCCGAGAUGCCCUACAACUGUGCGACCGACUCCGUCUACAACUCCAGCAUUACGUUGCUAUCCGGGCUCUAGUGAUCCAAGAUGCCCGAAAUCAACGACGGGGGCAUCUACCUAUCUUCCGCCAACACCAGAACCAACAACCACACCAGCUUCACGGUGUUAUCCAGGUUCGACGGAUCCACGAUGUCCAGUACAAACAACACAACGUCCAAAAUGUUAUCCAGGCUCUACAGAUCCAAGUUGUCCACCAACUCCCCGUCCACAGUGUUACCCAGGAUCGACAGAUCCAAGAUGUCCUACAAUUCCACGACCAGUACCAACAACUACUCCAGCUUUGCGGUGUUAUCCGGGAUCUACAGAUCCACGGUGUCCCACAACCCCACGUCCCGUGCAAACUUCUCCACAGUGUUAUCCAGGAUCCACGGAUCCUCGAUGUCCUACGACUCCACGCCCAGUACCAACAACUACUCCAGCUCCACAGUGUUAUCCGGGAUCCACAGAUCCAAGGUGUCCCUCCACUCCGCGUCCACAGUGUUAUCCAGGAUCGACAGAUCCAAGAUGUCCUACAACUCCACGACCAGCACCAACAACUACUCCAGCUUUGCGGUGUUAUCCCGGAUCUACAGAUCCACGGUGUCCCACAACUCCACGUCCCGCGCAAACUACUCCACAGUGUUAUCCAGGAUCCACAGAUCCUCGAUGUCCUACGACUACGCGCCCAGUACCAACAACUACUCCAGCUCCACAGUGUUAUCCGGGAUCUACAGAUCCAAGGUGUCCACAGUGUUACCCAGGAUCGACAGAUCCAAGAUGUCCUACGACUCCACGACCUGCACCAACAACUAUUCCUGUUUUACGGUGUUAUCCGGGAUCUACAGAUCCAAGGUGUCCCACAACUCCACGUCCCGUGCAAACUACUCCACAGUGUUAUCCAGGAUCCACGGAUCCUCGAUGUCCUACGACUCCACGCCCAGUACCAACAACUACUCCAGCUCUGCGGUGUUUUCCAGGUUCUAAAGAUCCACAAUGUCCAGUACAAACAACACAACGUCCUAAAUGUUAUCCAGACUCUACAGAUCCACGUUGCUCCACCACUCCACGUCCACAGUGUUACCCAGGAUCGACAGAUCCAAAAUGUCCUACGACUCCACGACCAAAACCAACAACUACUCCAGUUUUACGGUGUUAUCCGGGAUCUACAGAUCCAAGGUGUCCUACAACUCCACGUCCCGUGCAAACUACUACACAGUGUUAUCCAGGAUCCACAGAUCCUCGAUGUCCUACGACUCCGCGCCCAGUACCAACAACUACUCCAGCUCCACAGUGUUAUCCGGGAUCUACAGAUCCAAGCUGUUCCACAACACCACGCCCUGUGCAAACUACUACACAAUGUUAUCCAGGAUCCACAGAUCCUCGAUGUCCUACGACACCGCGCCCAGUACCAACAACUACUCCAGCUUCACGGUGUUAUCCGGGGUCUUCAGAUCCAAGGUGUCCCACAUCUCCACAGUGUUAUCCAGGAUCCACGGAUCCUCGAUGUCCUACGACUCCGCGCCCAGUACCAACAACUACUCCAGCUCCACGGUGUUAUCCGGGAUCUACAGAUCCAAGGUGUCCCACAACACCACGCCCUGUGCAAACUACUGCACAGUGUUAUCCAGGAUCCAAAGAUCCUCGAUGUCCUACGACUCCGCGCCCAGUACCAACAACUACUCCAGCUCCACGGUGUUAUCCGGGAUCUACAGAUCCAAGGUGUCCCACAACACCACGCCCUGUGCAAACUACUGCACAGUGUUAUCCAGGAUCCAAAGAUCCUCGAUGUCCUACGACUCCGCGCCCAGUACCAACAACUACUCCAGCUCUGCAGUGUUAUCCAUAUUCUACAGAUCCACGAUGUCCAGUACAAACAACACAACGUCCAAAAUGUUAUCCAGGUUCUACAGAUCCACGUUGCCCCAGCACUCCACGUCCACAGUGUUAUCCAGGAUCCACAGAUCCUCGAUGUCCUACGACUCCACGCCCAAUACCAACAACUUCUCCAGCUCCACGCUGUUAUCCGGGGUCUACAGAUCCAAGGUGUCCUACAACUCCACAGUGUUAUCCAGGAUCCACAGAUCCUCGAUGUCCUACGACUCCACGCCCAGUACCAACAACUACUCCAGCUCUGCGGUGUUAUCCAGGUUCGACAGAUCCACGAUGUCCAGUACAAACAACACAACGUCCAAAAUGUUAUGCAGGCUCUACAGAUCCACGUUGCCCCACCACUCCACGCCCACAAUGUUACCCAGGAUCGACAGAUCCAAAAUGUCCUACGACUCCACGACCAGCACCAACAACUACUCCAGCUUUACGGUGUUAUCCGGGAUCCACAGAUCCAAGGUGUCCUACAACUCCACGUCCUGUGCAAACUACUCCACAGUGUUAUCCAGGAUCCACAGAUCUUCGAUGCCCUACGACUCCGCACCCAGUGCCAACAACUACUUCAGCUCUGCGGUGUUACCCAGGUUCAACAGAUCCACGAUGUCCAGUACAAACAACACAGCGUCCAAGAUGUUAUCCAGGCUCUACAGAUCCACGUUGCCCCACCACUCCACGUCCACAGUGUUACCCAGGAUCGACAGAUCCAAAAUGUCCUACGACUCCACGACCAGCACCAACAACUACUCCAGUUUUACGGUGUUAUCCGGGAUCUACAGAUCCAAGGUGUCCUACAACUCCACGUCCUGUGCAAACUACUCCACAGUGUUAUCCAGGAUCCACAGAUUCUCGAUGUCCUACGACUCCGCGGCCGGCUCCAACAACUACGCCAGCUUUACGGUGUUACCCAGGUUCACCCGAUCCACGAUGCCCAACUUCUGUGUCAACAACACAAGGACCUACAUAUCUUCCACCAAUCCAGCAACCGCAAACCACACCUUCCUCGAGAUGUUAUCCAGGCUCUACUGAUCCUGUUUGUGCUGUACAAACUUCAACCAAGCUCAAUUGUUAUCCAGGGUCCACUGAUGUAAGAUGCCCAACAACACCCAGACCCGCAAUUACAUCGACAGCUCCACCUGUUUGUUAUCCAGGAUCGUUCGAUCAACGAUGCCCACGUCCAUCAUCUACUACGCCACCUCUAACAUGCUUCCCAGGAACAACGGAUCCGAGGUGCCCGACUACACCCCGACCGGUGAUCACAACAUCAGUGGCUCCAAAAUGUUAUCCAGGAUCAACGGAUGUGAGAUGCCCAACAACGCCACGACCGGUGUCAACAGCAGGUCCAAAUUGUUUCCCAGGAUCUACCGAUUCUCGUUGCCCUCGUCCGGCAGUGACGACGCCGAAAACGGUAGUAACAACGGCUGGUUAUAGUUGUUAUCCUGGUUCGACAGAUCCACGGUGUCCUACAACACCUCGUCCAACGACAACUUCACGACAACCGUGCUAUCCAGGAUCUCUUGAUCCGGCCUGUCCUCGUCCCUUCCCGACCACUACCCCAUCAUCAUGUUACCCAGGUUCACCCGACCCUAACUGUCCGCAGCCGUACAGACCUAGUAGUACUAAUCCGCCUGCCACAUAUCUACCCCCUCUAUCACCCGGAUUCAGACCUGUUCGUCAAUUGACUGAGAACACAUUGAACGACAUAAAUGCACUGGCGGAAAACACGGAACUGGAAUCGUCGGAGGAUUCAAGCAGCGUCGAGGUUGUCGAUAAUACAGUACUGGAGCGUAAAAAACGAGAGCUGGUCGAGUCGACUAAAGAGAUCAUCUCGAUCACGCUAAGCGUCAAGGGUUUCCAGUUUGAACCGCGCUCAUCGUAGAGCUACGAUGGCUUCGUACGAUAUUCGGAAAAUACUCUUGUCGAACUAGAAUACUCUACGUUCAUUAGCAUAGUGUCGUUUGUACAAAAGAAGUGAAAGCGUAAAGUGUGAAAUUGCAUAUAGGAUAAGAAACGAAAAAUAAGAAGCUGUGGACUACGUCUUCGUACCCAGGUUCCCAAACUGUACAUAUUUAUAAGCAAGCAUAGAACGCAAGCAAGUUACUGCUGUUGUAAAUAAAAGCAUA